AUGCUUUCUAAAGAACAAUCACAUAUUGAAUAUAUUUUAGCCAUGAUUUCACAGCUACUAUCAAUAGAAAGUCCAUCAGACUUGAAUUUAAAGUUAAUUAACGUUUUUGUCAUGUCUCUGUGCAAUUUAGCAGGUUGUUUUCAGAAGAACGAACAAUCAGAAGAAGAUCUUAAUGCAUUUUUGCAGGAAUUAAUUGAACCUUUUAUCAAUAUUUUAAAUUAUUUAAUUAAUACGGAUUUUCUUAAAGGAUCUAACACUAUUGAACUUAUUAUAUCCAAUUUCACAUCACAGAUUCUAGAUGUGAUGGAUAUGGAGACUUAUUUACCUCAUUUAUUUCCAAUAAUUGAAAAUUGCUGCAAAGUUCCAGAUUUAUCAGAUGAUGAUCCAACAGUUUUCAUUUCUAGUCUCUAUGAUGAACUAAAUCUUAAUAGCUACUUGAAAGAUGAUGAUUUAAGACUACUUUCUUCAAAACUCUUCAACAAAAUAAUUGAUAUGAAUCCUGAUAGCAAAUACAUCAUAUUUAAUGCGAUUUUGCAUGAUGGACAGGACAUAAAUACUGAAAAUUCGUAUUUAUUUACGUAUUAUAUUCAAUAUUUGAUUUCUUCUGAAACAAAGCUCUCAGAUGAUGAUAUGGCGAUCCUAACAACAACAUAUGAUGCAAUUCUUGAUUUUCCAUCUGAUGAAAACGAUGCUUUUAUGAUUUUAGCAAAAAUUGCGUUGUUGUCAGUUUCUCCUUACAUUGGAAGGGAACAAUUCACAGAAGAUAUUGUUCAAAGUCAUCUUGAGAUCAUCCAGAAUUCGAUAGAAACUUAUUUAACGGAAAAAUCUCUGGAUAUUGAUUCAAUUCCGAAACUAAACCUCAUAGAAGUCAUUCCUACCUUUAGUUUAUGCGUUUUCACAUUGUAUCUAAGGUAUAUUCGCAAUUCUGUUCAAUGUGGAUUCGAAACUUUUAUAAAUGAAAAAGUUCUUGAGUUUAUAACAGAAUAUAAGAAGAUUUCUAUACUUUAUAGUGAUACUUUGGCUUAUUCCGCUAUAGCAAAGAAGAUUCCGGACGAAGCAACAAAAUAUCUUGAAUCAAUUCUUGUUCCUUUAUAUGAUUCGAUACUUUUGAUGCUUGAUGACGAAGAUAUAUGUGAUAAGGAAUACGAAGUUGAUGCAGAAAUCGAACAAAAAUGCCAUACAAUUUCAGAUAUUUUAUUAUCUGUUGGAAAAUUGAUAGAUUUCAGGCCAAUGAUGGAAAAACAUUUAGAGAUAAUAGAGAAACUGGUAGAAAACGAUUUAGAAAUAGUAGAUUUCGUAGAAUCGUUAAAUCCUUUGAUUGAUUUCGAAAAUCACUUGCAAAUGAUGAUCGAAUACACUAUGAGACUAUCAGAUAUAAGAAACCUAUCCGCUUGUUGUCUUUCUGAGGUUUUAUUACAAAUUUCGUAUAGUAUUUGCAAAUAUCCGAAUGUUUUCUUUUCUCCGAACGAAAAUGGUCAGACACUGGCAGAAAUAUUUGUGUCCUUCUUCAUGGGAAAGCUUUAUAACGAAAAACCAAAGAAUUAUGAACUUGGUGGUGAAAUCUUUGUUAUAAAGAGCCAAUUCAAUCUUUAUGAUACGGAUUACUUCCCAUUCAUGGUCAUAUUCGCACUUGUUAUUUCAAACAAAGUUAAUUUUGAUGUUUCUCAAAUAAUUAACUUUUGUCUUGAAAAAAUCAACGACCAAAAUAAUGAAGAUAAUCCAGUUGUGAAAAGAUGCUUAUCAAUUCCUAUCCUCGCUGCUUUAUCCAUUCCUGAUUUUCAUAUUCCAGAAGAAGUUUGUGUUUUGAUUUACCAAUUGUUCCAAAUUUAUUUUGAAAACGAAAACACUCAACCAUUCGACCAAGAAGACACAAAAAUCGGUAAGAAAUUCGUUUCAGAAGGAUUUUCAAAAUUAUCCCAAAUCUUUGAAGUCGAAAGUGAAAAUCUUAUGAAAAUAUCCAAUAUAUUUAAUAAAUAA